UUUGUUCCCCGCAUUUCAGCCCUUACCCGAAAGUCAACGCGUCUCCCUCCGAUCGUCUCUUUCUCUAUCCGCGGUUCUCUUCCCCCAAAUUUCUCCCGUGUUCUUCCCAAUAUAGCCCCCCCCCCCCCCUCCUCCCUCCCUCCCUCCAUUCCCUACUCGAUCGCCCCAAAACUCCUCUCUCUUUCCACCAUGGGCAACGGCUGCGCGAAGCUGACCCACUGCUUCUCCGGCGAUGCCCGCCGCCGCCACGGCGCCGUCGCCGUAACGUCGGAGCCCUACGACGAGGGCCUCGGCCACUCUUUCUGCUACGUCCGACCCGACGCCUCCGCUGCCGCCGCCUCCAAGGUCCACCACUCCGAGGAAACCACCACCUUCCACACCAUCUCUGGCGCCUCCGUCAGCGCCAAUACCGCCACUUCUCUCUCCACUACUCUCGCUGACCUCGACUGCCCGCAGGCCUCCGCCGCCGCCUCCUUCGAGAGCUCUACCUUCUUCUCUUCUGUCCCCCUCCAGCCUGUCCCCCGCUUCUCUUCCGGACCCCUCUCGAGCCCCCUCGGCCCCGCCGACAGGGGAUUCCUCUCCGGCCCCAUAGAAAGAGGGUUCAUGUCCGGCCCCCUCGACCACCGCGCCGCCCUCUUCUCCGCCCCCCUCGAUCUUGCCCCCCCCGGCCACCUCCCCAGGAGCCUCUCCCACGGCCUCAACCUCCGCCCCCGCUCCCACCGCGCCGCCGCCUCCCUCCUCCACGGCCUUACCAAGGCCAUCGCGCGCACCAUCUCCUCUGCCGCCCACAUCGCCCCCGCCAAGGGGCCCAAAGACUCUGACUUCUUCCCUGACGGCGGCGGCGGCGGCGGCUCCACCCAUCCUAGCUCCGGCAGCGGCCGGAACAGCCUGGAUGGUGGCGAGGAUUCCGAUUUGUUCAGCGCCCAGAGCGGCAGUCUGCAGUGGGCGCAGGGGAAAGCAGGGGAGGACAGAGUGCAUGUUGUCGUCUCGGAGGAGCAUGAGUGGGUCUUCGUCGGGAUCUACGAUGGCUUCAACGGCCCCGACGCCACUGACUACCUCCUCUCCAAUCUCUACUACGCUGUUCAAAGAGAGCUCAAGGGCCUUCUUUGGGAAGACAGGUACAAAGGGGGCCAUGAACCCUCCGAUGAUCCAGUCACCGCAACCACCACUGCCGCCGACGAAUUUAGUCCAUCAAUUGUAGUGAAUUGGACUGCAGCUGAUGAAUGCUGGAAAGAAGGGAAACCGAGGAGAAGGAAAGUUCGAGGGGUGGCGGAGAAGUGUUUGGAGAACCAGAGGAGGUGGAAGUGCGAGUGGAACAAGGAAAGAUUAGAGCUUGAUAGGAGAUUAAAGGAGCAAUCGAACCGAUCAAGCAAAGGGAAUGGCUUAGUGAACCACCUGGAAGUGCUAAAGGCUUUGUCUCAGGCUCUGGGGAAAACAGAGGAGUCCUUUCUGGACAUCGCUGAUAAAAUGGUCUCUGAGAAUCCUGAGCUGGCGCUCAUGGGAUCGUGUGUUUUGGUGAUGUUGAUGAAGGGGGAGGAUUUGUAUCUGAUGAACGUCGGCGACAGUAGAGCGAUUUUGGCGCGGAAGGCAGAGCCAGAUUUAUGGAGUUCGACCGGGCGGGAAAGGCAGGAUUUGGAACGGAUCAGUGAGGAGACAUUGAAUGAUCUUGAAGCCUAUGACAGUGGGGAUCCCAUGGAUAGAUUGCCAAAUUUGGCAGCCCUGCAGCUCACCUUGGAUCACAGCACUUGUGUCGAAGGGGAAGUUCGUAGAAUUAGGAAUGAACAUCCUGAUGACUCUUCGGCCAUUGCGAAUGAUCGUGUGAAGGGUUCGUUGAAGGUCACAAGAGCAUUUGGGGCUGGCUUUUUGAAACAGCCCAAAUGGAACAAUGCACUUCUAGAGAUGUUCAGAAUUGAUUAUGUUGGAACCUCUCCAUACAUCUCAUGCAAUCCUUCUCUUUACCACUAUAAACUCAGUCCAAAGGAUAGAUUUUUGAUUUUAUCAUCUGAUGGGCUUUACCAAUAUUUCACCAAUGAAGAAGCGGUUGCGCAUGUUGAAAUGUUCAUUGAAACCACUCCCGAAGGGGAUCCGGCUCAACACCUUGUCGAAGAAGUACUUUUUCGUGCAGCAAAGAAAGCUGGCAUCGACUUCCAUGAGUUGCUUGAAAUUCCCCAAGGUGACCGUCGACGGUAUCAUGAUGACGUUUCUAUCAUUGUCAUCUCUUUGGAAGGAAGAAUAUGGAGAUCCUGCAUGUAAAUAUAGAUAUAGAUUAGAAAUGAAGGGAUGGUGAUCCCCAGAAAAGUCGGAGGCUUUUCUUUUUUUGCACAGUUCCCUUUGUACCAUACAAGAUCAGUCUUGUGGAAGGCUCCAUGCGCAUGUAUCAAGCGGUGGCGGGGAACAAAGGUACAAAGCUGCUUCAAGUCAAUUCAAACCGUUAAAAGGAAAAUGUAAUAUACUAUCAGUGAUUCCCUCUGAAACGUUCAUUAUUCAAUUCAAAAUUGUGACCCAUUGGUUCCCUCCAUUAUUUUAA